AAGUGCCGAACCAUCUCGGAAACAGCUGCAUGUCUUUGUUUCUUCCUUUUUUGCCCUGUGAAAUGCAGAUCCGGGGAGUCAGUAAGGGAGACGCUGGGACACCCAGAAGCCAGGAGAUCGGGUUUUUGUCAUUCAAGGAUGUGGCCAUAGAAUUCUCUCCAGAGGAGUGGGAAUGCCUAGACUCCCCUCAGCGAUUAUUGUACAGGACUGUGAUGUUAGAGAACCAUAGAAACCUGGUUUUUCUAGGAAUUGCUGUCUCUAAGCCAGAUCUUAUUAUGUGUCUGGAGCAAAGGAAAGAGCCCUGGAGUGUGAAGGGACAUGGCACAUUAGCCAAACUUCCAGCUGUGACUUCUCAUUACACUGAAGGCCUUUUGCCAGAGAAGAGUAUAGAAGACUCUCUUGCAAAGAUGCCAAUGGGAAAAUAUGUGAUCCAUGCUGGGGAGGAACCCUAUAAAUGUGAAGAAUGUGGCAAAACCUUUCACAUUCGAUCACUCCUUACUCGACAUAUGAUGAUCCAUACUGGAGAGAAACCCUAUAAAUGUGCAGAAUGUGGCAAAGCCUUCAACUCUCGUUCACAUCUUACUCGACAUACAGUGAUCCAUACUGGAGUGAAACGCUACAAAUGUGAAGACUGUGGCAAAGGCUUUCACAUUCGUUCACUCCUUACUCGACAUAUAAUGAUCCAUACUGGAGAGAAACCCUACAAAUGUGCAGAAUGUGGCAAAGGCUUCAACUCUCAUUCACUCCUUACUCGGCAUACAAUGAUCCAUACUGGAAAGAAACCCUACAAAUGUGAAGAAUGUGGCAAAGCAUUUCGCUCUCAAGGAGAAUGUGCUGGACAUAAGACCAUUCAUACUGGAGAGAAGCCCUAUAAAUGUGCAGAAUGUGGCAAAGCCUUUCACACUCGUUCAAUCCUUAAUCAACAUACAGUGUUCCAUACUGGAGUGAAACACUACAAAUGUGAAAAAUGUGGCAAAGCCUUUCACACUCAUUCACACCUUACUCGACAUAAGGUGAUCCACGCUGGAGAGAAACCCUACAAAUGUGAAGAAUGUGGCAAAGGCUUUAACUCUCAUUCAAGUCUUACUCGACAUACAGUGAUCCAUACUGGAGAGAAGCCCUACAAAUGUGCAGAAUGUGGCAAAGCAUUUAACACUCGUUCACUUCUUACUCGACAUACGGUGAUCCAUACUGGAGAGAAGCCCUACAAAUGUGCAGAAUGUGGCAAAGACUUUACUCGGUACUCGAAUCUUAUUGAACAUCAACGUAUCCAUACUCGAGAGAAACCCUACAAAUGUGAGGAAUGUGGCAAGGCCUUUCGUUCUGGAAGAGGAUUUGCUGGCCAUAAGACCAUCCAUACUGGAGUGAAACCCUACAAAUGUGCAGAAUGUGGCAAAGGCUUUACUCAGAACUCAAAGCUUAUUCAACAUCAUAAUAUCCAUACUGGAGAGAAACCCUACAAAUGUGAGGAAUGUGGCAAGGCCUUUCACUCUCACUCUGGAUUUUCUCGACAUAAGACCAUGCAUACUGGGGAGAAAUCCUACAAAUGUGAAGAAUGUGGCAAAGCCUUUUGCUCCCAUUCAAAGCUUGCUGGAUAUAUCAAGGUGCAUAGUGGAGAGAAACCCUACAAAUGUGAAGAAUGUGGCAAAGCCUUUCACUUUCCCUAUGGAUUUGCUUUACAUAAGACCAUCCAUACUGGGGAGAGAAAUCUACAAAUGUGA